CGGGUUGCGUCACUUCCUCCGCCCCUGAAGCAAGGGAUAAGAAACCCUGCGCCAACAUUUCCUCCUUUCCCAGGCGGCUGCCGAAGAUGGCGGAGGGGCAGGUCCUGGUGCUGGAUGGCCGAGGCCAUCUCCUGGGCCGUCUGGCGGCCAUCGUGGCCAAGCAGGUUCUGCUCGGCCGGAAGGUGGUGGUUGUGCGCUGCGAGGGCAUCAACAUUUCUGGCAACUUCUACAGAAACAAGUGCGUACUGUGCUCUCCCCCCAGUAAAGUACCUGGCCUUCCUCCGCAAGCGGAUGAACACCAACCCGUCCCGCGGCCCCUACCACUUCCGGGCCCCCAGCCGCAUCUUCUGGCGGACCGUGCGAGGUAUGCUGCCACACAAGACCAAACGAGGCCAGGCAGCCCUGGACCGCCUCAAGGUGUUCGAUGGGAUCCCGCCACCCUAUGACAAGAAAAAGCGGAUGGUGGUUCCUGCUGCCCUCAAGGUGGUCCGCCUGAAGCCUACAAGGAAGUUUGCCUACCUGGGCCGCCUGGCUCAUGAGGUUGGCUGGAAGUAUCAGGCGGUGACAGCCACCCUGGAGGAGAAAAGGAAGGAGAAGGCCAAGAUCCACUACCGGAAGAAGAAACAGAUUAUGAGGCUACGGAAACAGGCCGAAAAGAACGUGGAAAAGAAAAUCAGCAAGUUCACAGAGGUCCUCAAGACCCACGGACUCCUGGUCUGAGCCCAAUAAAGACUGUUUAUGCCUCAUGCUUGGCCUGGCCUGCCCUUCCUCCAUCACCACCCUGGGAUGUGGGGGACCCAGGGGUGGCUGUCCAGGUGCCACAAGCAACCUGGGACCUAGAGAGCUGGGGAAAAAGAAGGUGCCGUAGUCUAUCCCUGUGCAAGGUCGUUUCCUGAGCUUUAAGUCAUGUCCAGAUGGAAUUUCUGACCUCCUUGUGGAGAGAGCUUUAGAAAAGUGAUGAUACACAAGCACCAUUACUCUGGUGCAGUGCUGAGACUGCUGGGAUGGCACUGCCUUUCCCCUCUUCCCAUGUGGCCAAAUGCCAUACUCUGCAGCUGUCAGGAUGGGAGGGGUACCUGCUACCUUGGGCCAAAACUAGAGGUGCGCAGACUGGGAGGGUGUGCCAGUAAGGGACUUUGGCCCUGGCCCUUGCCCCUUCCCUCUUUGUCACCAGAAAUGAAUAAAUUAUUUUUAAAGAAA